GGGACUCUAUUUGCAAUGCAUGUGUAGAGUUUGUGAAAGAAUACAAAAGUUCUUCCCAAUAUGAGUGAUUGGAACGAGGUACGGAGGCUUCAAGCGGAACUAGAGCGAGUCCAGAGUGCUAGUACUGCCUUUAGACUCUCAGAGGUCAACUGUGUUGAGAUAGUCAAGAAACUAACUGAACUAAAACUCAUUAGCUUACUCUACACAACUGAUGGGAAGGAAUUCAUUGUACAGGAACACUUGGAGAAGGAAAUAAGAAAUGAAAUAGAAGCAAAUAAAGGUCGAAUUGAAGUUAUAGAACUACAGCAAAUACUAAAUGUUGAUAUCAAUCACAUUAAUAGAGGAGUUGAUAACAUUGUGAGAUAUGACGAAUCCUUUGAGAGAAUACCUGGAGAGGUAAUCACAAGUUCAUAUAAAGUUGCUCUUUGUACUGAAAUAAAUGAGAUGCUACUUCAAAACGGUUUCGUGUCGCUCUCUGACUUGAGUAGUACAUUUAGCCUCCCCCUCUACUUCAUCACAAAAUGUGUUGAAGACUCCUUGAGUACUCUCAUUAAUGGCCAGCUUGAUAAGAGUGGUAGUGGCCUACUUUAUACAGAGUCCUACGUUUCAAGACAUCGCUCAAGACUAAGAGGAUUAUUCUCAGCCAUGACACAGCCUACUCCCAUACCAGCACUAGUAACUGAAGGAAAAUACCACGAGAGAUUGUUCCACUCGACUUUAAAUGAGCUGAUAUCCAGUGGGGAUCUGUCCGGGAGUGUCCACGGCCGCGGGAUGAGAGCUAUAUUCAUACCAGCAGUUUAUUCACAGAUGCAGAACCAAUGGGUGGACAGGUUCCUCGAUGAUAAUGGAUACCUUGAAUAUGAUGCUCUUGUAAGGAUGGGUAUAGAGUCACCUCAGGUCUACAUAAAGACACGCUACAAGGAUAGAACUGGUGAUCUAAUGAUGCUCAAGUCUUGCUGUAUUGGCCAGAGCGUUAUCAGUGAGAUAGAAGCUAAUGUUGAGGACACUGUAGUAUCACAGUCACAAUGGAUUGACAUCAUGUCUGUACUCCCAUCUCCUUGUACUGAUGAAGAUGGAGAGCUACUCCUUCAGAGGCUGUACAGCAAUGAAGAGCGGUUUUUGAUCUCUGAGACAAUAUUAUCUCAUCAAGACUUUGUGCGGAAUUGCCUUGAUAUCUUUAAAUCUCUGAUAGAAGAAAAAGCAGCAAAGGCUGCAGCUACUAGUGGCUCGUUUUUAAGACAAGUUUCACAAGAGAGUAAGAAAGAUGGAGGAGCAGUAGGAGGAGGAGGAGGGGGGAAGAAAGGAGGGAAAGGAAAGAAAGGGAAAGCAAAGCGUGAUGAGGGAGACGACUCUUGGGAAAUAAUUUUUAUGUCAAAAGAGAAAAUUGCAGAGACAAUUUUAGAAAAAUUUGAACAGACUCCUCAAAGUUUUGCUGAGACUAUCUCUAAUUUAUUGUACAGGCCACUUCAGGAAAGAUUUGAGUCAGAAGCUCGCUCAAUGCUAGCACAGAGAGCCGAGGGAGAGGCAGGCAGUCAGCGAAAGAGACACUCUGAGCUCCAAGAGAGACUCCAGCAACUCUGGAACAGGCUCAGGCUUUUUGAAAAAGGAAUAGAAGUAUUUGAAGGUGACACAAAGGUUCAGUUAUCAAAGUAUUUGCUUCAUACUAUUUGCACUGACUUAACUAACCAAUUGCUGAGAUACAUUGCACAGGAUUAUAAGAUAACUGUACCAGAAGAUGAAGGAGCAUUUAAUAAAGAGAGAACUAAGCUUGUUGGUAAGCUACCAGAUGCUGUGAGGAAAUUAGCACAAGCUGUUAACUCUAGUCUCUCUGAAAAGGAAGUUGCUGUGUUUGUCUCAUCUUUUGAAGCUUUAUGCGAUACAGAAUCCUGUGGUGUGAUGCUAAAGAAACUAGACAAAAAGAAAGAAAAACAAGUCAUUAUCAAUCAUGUUGAAGAGCUAAAGGCUAACCUCAAAGAUGAACAAGACCCUGCCAUGUCACUGCACCUUGUCACUCUCCUCCUCUUUCAAGCACAUACCGGCUGCCUCCUCCAUGUUCCUGGUCGUCUGAUACCUCGUGUCAUAUCAUUGCUAAGGAGUCACAUGACAUCGAAUGACUUUGCGAUACUUGAUACAUAUCAAUCACUAGUUGUACUGGAUUUGAAGAAGAGUACUGCUUCACAGUCUGAAGGGGAAGGAGACGAGAAUGAGGACAAGAGCAAGUUAGAGAUUGACAGCAAUCUCUUUGAAGAGGAGGCAGAGUCUAUUGAUCAGAGUAAAGAAAAAGUCUCUGAAUCCAGCGAUGAUAAAGGAGGUGUUCCUGUUGGUGAUGCCCCUGCUGCUGGUGGUAGCAUCAGGGAGCAGCUAGAUUUGAAAAUGGGACAAUUGAAGGAUUUAGUGUUUAAUUUAAAAAAAUAAAAAAUUAUGAA